UUCACACCAGACCGAUCUGUCAAUCCAUUACAAAAACUCGAGACACAUCGAAAGAGUUUUUUCCAUAAAAUAGCGCCCCAAAAAUGGCAUCACGAUUGCUCAGGUUGUCCAAUGUGAUCCGCGCUACACAGCAGUGUCCUCAGUUGCUGCAGUUCCGGCGAGGACGCGCCACCUCGGCAUCCAAUCUGCACGCUGCUCUGGUCAAUCUUCCCGCCACGAACGUCACGACGAUCGACAAUGGCCUGCGCGUGGCCACGGAGGAUUCUGGCGCUCCGACAGCCACAAUCGGUCUCUGGAUUGACGCCGGAUCUCGCUAUGAGAGCGACAGCAACAACGGCGUGGCGCACUUCCUGGAGCACAUGGCUUUCAAGGGCACCUCCAAGCGCUCCCAGACCGACCUGGAGCUCGAGGUUGAGAACCUGGGCGCCCACUUGAAUGCCUACACGUCGCGCGAGCAGACUGUCUUCUACGCCAAAUGCCUGUCCAAGGAUGUGCCGAAGGCCGUUGAGAUCCUGGCUGACAUCAUCCAGAACUCGAAGCUGGGCGAGAGCGAGAUUGAGCGCGAGCGCGGCGUGAUUCUGCGGGAGAUGCAAGAAGUGGAGAGCAAUUUGCAGGAAGUGGUGUUCGAUCAUCUGCACGCCACUGCGUUCCAGGGCACUCCGCUGGGCAACACCAUCUUGGGCCCCACGAAGAACAUCAAGUCGAUUGGUCGACAGGAUCUGCAGGACUACAUUGCCACGCACUACAAGGCGGCCAGAGUUGUCCUGGCCGGCGCUGGCGGUGUUCGUCACGAGGAUCUCGUGAAUUUGGCCCAGAAGGAGCUGGGAAAGCUGGAGAACACGUACGAUGGGCAGAUUCCCAAGCUGCAUCCGUGCAGAUUCACCGGUUCUGAGGUUCGUGUGCGCGACGAUUCGAUUCCUCUGGCUCAUGUGGCCAUCGCUGUGGAGGGAUGCGGCUGGACCGAUCAGGACAAUGUACCCUUGAUGGUGGCUAACACUCUUAUCGGCACGUGGGAUCGCUCCCAGGGCGGUGGCGUGAACAACGCCUCCCAUCUGGCGCGCAUCAGCGCCGAGGAGGGUCUCUGCCACAGCUUCCAGUCCUUCAACACCUGCUACAAGGACACCGGCCUCUGGGGCAUCUACUUCGUCUGCGAUCCGCUGCAGUGCGACGACAUGCUGUUCAAUGUCCAGAGCGAGUGGAUGAGGCUGUGCACGAUGAUCACGGACAGCGAGGUGGACAGGGCGAAGAACCUCCUGAAGACAAACAUGCUGCUGCAGUUGGACGGCACAACGCCAGUGUGUGAAGACAUUGGACGGCAAUUGCUGUGCUACAAUCGACGAAUUCCCCUUCAUGAACUGGAGAAGCGCAUUGAUAGUGUCGACGCGCAGAAUGUUCGCGAUGUGGCCAUGAAGUAUAUCUACGAUCGCUGUCCGGCGGUUGCAGCUGUUGGUCCUGUGGAGAAUCUGCCAGAAUACAAUCGCAUUCGAUCGUCAAUGUAUUGGCUUCGUGUCUAAAUCCUCUCCAAACAUUAGGACACACAAAAACACCAGAGAAGAAGGAGAGAAAAUUCAGGAAGGAAGGCAGAAUUGAAUUGAGUGUCUCUCCGAGUUUAGCCGAUUAAAGAAAUAAAUACUACAUUUAAUAAAUUA